CAUCCAAAGCUUCCAGGCAAAGCGGCAACACCGCCGAACCAACGUGCCAGCACACGCAGUCACGCACCCCCCAGUCGCAGACCCAGCAAAGCAAGCAGCGAUGGCGGCGAGGCUCGUCCCCGUCCCCCCCUUCCUCCUCCUGCUCGUCCUGGCCGGCUCCCGCGCGGCGCUGGCCUCCGAGACCGUGGAGCAGAUCUGCGCCAGGGCCACGUCGGGCGGCGCCCACUCGGACCUGGCGCCCUUCUGCGUGGCGUCGCUCCAGGCGGCGCCCGGCAGCGACGGCGCCGACGCGCGCGGGCUGGCCACGAUCGCCACCAACCUGACGCUGGCCAACUACACGGCCGCCGUGGCCACCAUCAAGGCGCUGGAGCGGCGCGGGGGCUGGUCGGCGGCCCAGCGGGGCGCGCUGGCCACGUGCCGCGCGCGCUACAUCGAGGCGCUCAACGUCGUGCACAGCGCCGUCCACGCGCUGGCCGCGGGGAGGCUCCAGGACUACGCGGCGGACAUGGCGGUCGUCGGGAAGGCGGCCGCCGACUGCGAGGACGCGUUCGGCGCCGCCAACGCCGGCGGCGGGGCCUCGCCGCUGCGGAAGGUGGACGAGGACGCCGUCAACCUCACCACCGUGGCCACGCUGAUCGUCCGGUCGCUGGAGAAAUGAGCGCGCGCGGAUCGUCGGCGCCGCACUGUCCGGCUGGUUCGACGGAAAUGUAGCGUGAUCGAGCUGCGAUCUUGAGCUGCUGUGGUUAAGAAUAACAGUAUAGUGCGCCCAAGAUACCAAUCUUUGGCUAAUUGGUUGCUCCUGAACGAACCAUGAUGACGACAUGUUCUUCAGUUCUUCCUGUUCCAGCAAAAUAUUCUCGAUAA